UGAUCGUAAUGACAACAUUGUGACUUAAUGACAACUAGAACAAAACCACAAAAUUUAUAUUUCAUUUCUUUGUUUUUAAUUUUCAUUUGCGCGCCAUUACCUAUUUGGUUGAAAUCUAGUAAUAAUUUUAGAAAAUAUACAAAUGUCCGAAGACGAUCUCAUUCCACCUCUCAGCGAUACGGAAAACAAUGAGGAUUUCGAUGACCAGGGUGAUGAGGAAGAACUGAUUACAGCUCAGAAAGUUUUAGAAAUUGUCGAAACUGCUUGGCAAAAUGAAUUAUGUGCACCAGAAAUUCUUCAACAUCAAACCGACAUGUUGGAGCUGAUGCUAGGGCAGGUAGCACAUAUGGAGGAGAAUAUGAAGGAUUUAGAUAAAAAUGACUUCCGAUUUAUUGUACAUCAAAUGGAAUUGGAACGUAUACGAUAUGUGAUUGCUAGUUAUUUACGAUGUCGCUUACAAAAAAUAGAAACAUACACUAAACAUAUUCUAAAUGAAGAGGAAGCUAGAGAAGAAGCUGAAAAGCGACUUUCACCGGAAGAGUCCAAGUAUGCGCAAGAGUAUGCUGAUAAUGUGGAACAGUACUUCCAACAAGUGGCGUUACAAUAUAUGCCCAAUAUGCAACGUGCGGAAGCCGAACAACGCAUAGUGCGUCCGAAUCUAAUGAGUCAUGUAUUCAUCAAAGCUAAUGUGGAUGUACCAUCUGUUGUCGUUGGUGUUGAUGACGAGGAGGUAGAUUUGACUGCUGGUUCGCAACACAUUAUACCUUAUCAGCUAGUUUCUGAUCUAAUAUACAAAAAUCAAGCGCAGCUAAUAUGAUACUAUUCUUCAUAGAGAUAUAGUUUAGGUAUAAUGAAUUUAAUAUAGAAUUUUAAUAUUUUUUUAAA